GAUCUUCGAUCGAUUUAACGGUGUGUUGUAUUUCGUGAAUUUGCAAAGACAUAAUUACAAGUGGAAGAACGGUUAUGUUAUUUGAAGUAUUAAACUUUUAACUUUGUUCGUAUGCAAAAAGUGAAUAAUUAAUAAGUUUCAUAAUUAAAAUUACAUAAUUAAAUAUUACAUCUUGAAAUGUCAGAAUUAUAUUGGUUUAGUUAUCUUGCCUUCAAGUAAAAUAAAAUCUGAAGUAUUUCUACGAUUCUGUGUUAAAUUAAAAAAAAAAAAAAAAUAAAAAAAGAAAAAACAAUUCUUCUAAAAGGUCAAAAUGAAUAUACCACCAAUUCAACAACCAGGAACAAUGGCGGUAAAUCAGUUGACACAACCUGUAAAUCCUCAAAUUCCUCAGAAUCAACAACAAGCUCAACAGGCGCAACAACAGCAAGCGCAGCAACAGCAACAGCAACAACAGCAACAAGCUCAGGAAAAAUUAGAUAAUAUUUCUAAAGUAAAAUCUUUAGUUGGACCAUUGAGAGAUUCUUUGGCGAUAGCUCUUAAAACUGCAGCACAGACUUUGCAUCAAAAUAGUUUGGUAGACGUUGGAUCUUUAAAAGGGAUAGAUCAACCUGAUCAUCGAUUUAAUAAAAAUAUGGAGGAAUUUUAUUCUAUAUGCGAUCAAAUUGAAUUACAUUUGAAAACAUCUAUAGAAUGUUUAUCACAAAACUCUAGUUCCGUUAGAUAUCUACCGAUGUCCGUUAUACCAACGCGGACCGAUACAGUAGGAGCUCAAGAAGGACCAGCUUUAACAUAUCCACAAUUUUUAAUGACUGUACGCUCACAAGUGGCAUACGCCAAAGAGAUACACGACACUUUGGUUUCUGCGGCACAUACGAUCGCACCAGGGGAAUGAACUCUUGAUACAUACGAGGGAUUUAUUUCUAAUACAUUCUGUCGUUGAGUCAUAAAGAAAUAUUAAAAAUAGCAACAAUAUCAGUAUAAGUCAAUACUUAUUAAAAUUUUUUAAUCAAUAAUUUUAUAUUUUGUCCUAAUAAAGGAAAGAAUAAGUCAUAAUAAGUGGAACGAUAAAAUUAUUCUAUGAUGUGUUUUGUAAGAGUUGUUAACAGGAAAUGUAAAUACAUGCAUCAUAUGCAUUGAUGUAAAUAUGUAUAUAUGUAUGUAUGCAUGCAUGUGUGUAUGUAUGUAUGUAUGUAUGUAUGUAUGUAUGUAUGUACGUAUGUAUAUUAAUAAGAACAAAUUUUGUAAUUAUAUUCUAUAGAGAGUAUUUGAAAAAAGAUAUUAAUAAUGCUAAAGUACAGUAUAUGCUACAGUAUAUUUUAUGAAAUGUAAAAAAACAGUAUUAGAAUCUGGCAUGAAAAGGAAAUCUGAUAGAAAAAAAAAAAAAAGUAUAUUUUUGUUUCUUGUAGAAAAACUAUUUGAAAAUAUUAGGAAUAAUAUAGUAAUAUAGAAGGUUUAGAUAGGGACUUUUUGUAAAUAUCUUGAAUGUUGAAUAAUAAUAAUAUAUCGUAUUUGCAGUAUA